ACGUGUGUGAGAACAGAUGCAGAGAAGCGUGAUUGAUCUGGAUCUGCUUUUCUGCAUCUCCGCGAAGAAUCUAUCCAGAUGCAGGUUCUUACUCCGAGAUCCACUUUGCUAGUGGGACCUAGCCCCCCCAGCUGGCUUUCCUCCUUCCCUCCAUUCCCAAGCCUGGCGGCUACUACCUAAUCAGAAUAUACUACUAGGAAUUCAAAAGAAGUAAAACACCCUUUUUCUUCUACACCUCUCUCGUCCUUUUGGCUAUAUAUAUAUAUAUAUAUACGUAAGGAUCAAGCGUGCGUAGUAUCUGUUCUGAUCAGUUUCAUCUCUGAGUCCCCCUGGCCCACCGAAGCCCAUUAAAUCCUCCCUCUCAUCACCAUGCCGAGGAAGGCGCGGCACACCGUGAUGUGCCCGAUCCGUGUCGAAUCUCUCCUUUGGCCGUCAGCUGGACCGGCGGCUUUCAGCUGUAGCCCACGUGGCCCCCCCGCCUCAAGCAAAAUCCACAGUCAAGAGAGAGCCAGGGCGGACGGGCUUGCCGUCUUCGACAGAGGGCGCAUCAAGCAUGCGGCAGUUAUAGGCGCCGGUGUAUCUGGGUUGAUGAUGGCGAAACUGUUGAUGUCACAAGGAAUAGAAGUGACUAUUUUUGACCAGAAUGUGGAAGUGGGGGGGUUUUGGACGAGCCCUGAGGCCGCAAAUGCAGCCCAAAAUGGAAAUGGAAGGUGCCCCUACGAGAUACCGGAGUACCCGUUUGUGGGACAGUGUUCCGACAGACCGACAGCGCAGCAAGUGCAACAGUACCUCCAGUCGUAUGCAAUACAGCAGCGGCUAUGGCCGCAUUUAAUGAUGUCGACAACAGUGCACGGCCUGAAACGACCAGAGGGAUCCGGGUUCGGAUGGAAGCUGCAGUACACGUUCGACACGCCGGCGACAAAUGUGUUGUCGUCACCAGCGUCUUCGUGUUUCUCUCUACAGAUAGAGCCGUUCGUAGGGAGCGACUUGGAAUUGGGAGGGAAAGGAGGAGGAGGUUCCGGUGGGGCGGGGAGCGUUGGAGGAGGAAGAGGGGGAGGAGGAAGAGGGGGAGGAGGAGGAGGAGGAGGAGGAGGAGGGAGGGGGGAUGACUCUGACGAAGAGACCACCAGCUUCGUCACUGGCGUCGAUUGGAGCUUUAAUCGGUUGUGGGGAGAAGGAGGGGGGAAAGACUUGCUGGCGGGACCGGGAUCGGCAUCGGGAUCGGAAGGGGGAGGGGGAGGGGGAGGGGGGGGGCAGGCCUCGGUAAACAAAGCAAACGCGGAAGGAGUGCCCACACCAGUGCCGGCAGCGUUCCCGGGGUUUUCUGCGGGACUGCCAGCGGGAUUUCCGACGGGUCUUCCGCCGGGAUUCCCCACGGAACCUGCGAGCCAGCAGCGGAUAUAUCCGCUGCUGGCUGCGGAUCGCCGGCGGCGGCGGGACGUGGCGCAAACAACCUGGGCCCCUACAACACCCACUCAGUGCGAGAGCUGGGAAUCGAACUGGUCGAUGUGCAGUGGUACUAGCUGGGACUUGAACUCUGUUCUUCUUCUUAAGGAUCGGAACAGCGAUCUGAACACCCCAGCAGCUGCGUUUUCCGAUGGGAUCAGCCAAGCUAGGACAUCAACAGAGUUCCCCGCCGUCGACAGCAAGCGUGAUCAUGGUGCAUCAGCACCAGCAGCAGCAGGAGGAGGAGGAGGAGGAGGAGGAGGAGGAGGAGGAGGAGGAGGAGGGCGGAUUGGUUAUCAUCAGAGAGCAUCGCGAACAACCUCUGGACUUCCAGAUUCUGGAAGUGCGAGCACGAGGAGAUCUGCAUCUUCGCCCGCAUUGUCGUAUAACGGCCGCAGAUCGAUGGAGAAUAUCCACAUCGACCUCGGGAAAUCUGGGUCUCUUACACCGGGAGGAGGUACUCCUCCCUCUGGUGGUCGUUCUCCCAUUGCCAAUCGAGGAGGUAUGAUGAUGGGCAGGAGCAACGACUCUGGAUCCCCUCCCUCGCCGCCUCCUCCUCACGAGAAGACGAGCCGUGGCGUACUCCAGAAUUCCGGUCCUCUGACGAUUCUGCUUCCUGGCAGAGAUCGACUCGGCUUCGCUUCAGACUCGGUGGGUGCGGAGCUGAGGGCGGCCUGGGCGCCACGUGGCAUGCGGACGAAGGUCGGCAGCAACGCUGACAUGCUCUCGGCUAUGGCGGUAACGGCCAGAAAGGAGGAAGAAGACGACGGCGGCGGCUAUGGCGGUGGUGUCCGAAAGAGCAUCAAUGUCGCCACCGGUCGAGCUGGUCGGUAUCCCGUUCGAGAAGAUGACGAUCUGUCCUGCGAAAGCCCCCUUAAUUUCUACGGCAAUGGUUCUGGGUGUUACAAGCCUGAUACUAACCACACUCCCCCCGCGACGCCCCCCCAAACUACUCCUCUUUCUUCAAAGGCUUUGCUGGAAAACAGUACGCGAUCCAGCGGAAGCAGAUGGAAUUUCCAUCGUGAUCGGGAUCGAGAGAGUCCUGACAGGUCAGGAGGGACCUCGUCCUCCUCCUCCUCAUCAUCAUCAUGGACUCAACUGACACGGAGUUGGUCCGACUCCGACUACUUCGCUGAUGACCUGGCAAUCGUAACGCCACGCGAUGUUGCCACGUGGAUGUCUUCUCCAGUAGCAGAUGACCUUCACGACACGGCGAUGGCGGCGGCGCCUACCAAUUCUUACAACGACGAUACCGUCGAGUCCGCCAUAGCCAAGCUUGAAAGGGCCAACGACGAUAUGCGUUUCCCGCUCGGAUUGUCGGGGCCUCUCGUUCUUGUUAAGGAUUGGCUACGUGUCGGCAGAUCCGGACCGCUGCUUCCUCAUGAUGACAUGCCGCGACUGGGCAAAUCUGGGCCGCUGGCUCCCGAUCUCGAUCCCUCUCAGGAUCGACUACAACAACCAGACGAUCCCCUUGCAGAGGAGGCUUCAGACUCAAGAAGCGGCAACGGCUACAGCAGCAGCAGCGGCAUGCAGAGAAGGAACAGCAGGGUCAGCAGCAGCAUGCCCUCUGCCGGCGCGUAUGGCCCGAACUGUAGUCAGCUGAUCCCGCAGGACCGUGCGCGGCGAGAGCGCAAGCAUGUGCCGCUUGCGCCGCUGUCGGAAGACUUAUCGUUCGAUCCAGAUCCCGUCUCUACCCGCAGCUCCCGCGUCACUCGUCUCGACAAUAAAGGCAAUGCUGGAUCAAAUGGAGGUCCGGAGAUGGUGGUGCCGCAAGCGGUUUUAGCGAGAGGGGUGGGAGGAGGAGGAGGAGGAGGAGGGGUGUUGGCACUGACAGGUCGGCUUGGGCGGUUGCCUGGCGAAGAUCCUGCUCAGGAUCUGACGAUCGCAGACGCGGGUUGGGGGUUACGUUUAUGUGCCCGUCAUAGUCUCCAGAAGAUGAGCUCAUUGGGGGCGGAGUGGGAGGAGGCACAAGGCAGCGGCGCGCCUUGCCAAUUUGCUCCCGAUUCGAGAUACGACAUGAGAUCUGCUGGAUGCGCGGUUGCAGGCCAGAAGGAGGAGGAGGAGGAGGAGGAGGAGGAGGAGGAGGAGGAGGAGGAGGAGAACGCAACAGGGUGGGGAGGCCAACAACCUACGGGGCGCUUGUUGAUGGACCCUGAGUUGGAUGGUGGGUAUGCAUCUGCUGCGGAAUCUGAAGGGGAAGACGCGCGAUGGCGGCGCAGCCGCCGGCGCACAAGAGAAGCAACCGAGGGGAAGGUUGAUAAAGGUGGCGGCGCGAUGUCGAAAGCUUCUGCUGCUGCUGCUGCUGCUGGAACACCUACCUUCCCUCCUCGCCCUUCUGUUGCCGGCUUGGGGCUCUCCUCCCGCUUGACAUGUGCGAGUGGGGAAAGGCCGUUGUGUUCAUCUCCCGAUGAUGCGAAAAGCUUCGCUGACCAGUGGCGGGAAGCACGCCUGGAGGAUGGGCACGACUUAGCAUCCAGUCGAGACGGCAACGGUAAAUUAAAGGAUGAUGAUCAUCAUUCUUACAAGGCUGAGGUGGCCAUUGAACCUGGGAAGACGGUAGAGAUCUGGGGCAAUCCGGUCUUCGACCCAGAGUCGCCAGAGGCAAGGAAGACGGGAUGUGGCCGAGAAGAACCACCAUCGCCGCCGUUGCUAAGUGCAGUGGAACAAAGCAGAGGAUGGGUGAGGGAGAGGAGCGUGUUGUACGUUGGCGAGGAUGGCACCAUGCAGAAAGGUUCAUCGUCUACAUCGGUAUCGACGUCAUUGUCUUCCGGAGAAGAUGGGGGAGGAGGAGGAGGAGGAGGAGGAGGAGGAGGAGAAGUGGGCAUACGUGAAGACGUUGUGACGAGCAGAAGUAGAGAGGAGGGUGAGGGAGAGGGAGAGGGAGAGGAAAGAGGCAGCGAGCUGAAGAAGGAUGGGACGAAAGAGAGGGAGAAGAAGCAGCAGUGGGAGCAGGAGUACGAGGAGGAAGGAAGAGGGAGAGGGAGGAGUAGGGACAGGGCUGCGGGCAGGGAGAAUCCCGACGAGGGGGAGGAGAGGAGGGAUCACGUCGUGACGUGGCGAAGGAAGAGUUCCCUCCGUCAUUCAUAUGUAACAGAGGAGGAAGAUCCGGUGGUCUUUGGCGAUGGCGCCGGCGAUGCUGGUGGCAGAUAUGGCUAUGGCGGGGGUCAGCCUUCGUCUCCCGGAUCUCCGUCUGGCAACUUGAAGGAUCUACUCCCGGAGCCAUUUCCAUGGAGCCCGAUUGCGCAGCCUCCUGCCGCUGACCUGUCGGCAGCGGCACGGAGGACCAAGAUGAGGGAAAUGAUGGUGGAUAUGGUGGUGUUGUGUAUGGGAUCAGACGCUUAUUCAGCCAUGGAGUGCAAUUUGGUAGGAAAGGAUGCAUACAAAGGGAAGAUGAUGACGGUGCGGGAGUUCAAUAUGAAACAUGAGAGCGACCCGAUGAAGGACAAGCACGUGCUUGUGCUUGGCGGAGACGACAGGUCGAUUGGAUGCGCACUGAAGGCCAAAAAGGCUGGUGCAAGUACCACCCUCCUGCUUGGGAAAACCUACCCCGACGGUAGCAACAGCUGCAGCUUCUCCACGGGACUUGCCACCACUCACAGGCCGCAGGAUAGCCUCUGCCGCCCACUGACAUCUACUUCAUCAAUGCAUGGGGAAUCCAUAGGAGGAGGAAGAGGACGAGGAGGAGGAGGAGGAGGAGGAGGAAGAGGAAGAGGAAGAUCGGACGAGGAGAGUACUAGCCGAUUGCCGGGAUCGAGCUCUGGUCACCAUUCGCUGAAGAUGACGUCAUUCCGACGACUGUUCUGGAAGAUGAGUGUGAAGAAGUAUGCCCGCGAGACACGUGGCAUUUUGGAUAAGGGUGAUUUUUACAGAAAGAUCUACUCUUUGGCGCACAAGCACAAGAUCAGCAUGCUGACUACAUCCAUUGAGCGGUUCACCGAACAUGGCGUCAUUCUUGCCAACAAGAUCGAGCUUCGAGCAGACUACGUGGUGACUGGCCCGGGCUUUCUUCGUCGUUCCGAGUUCCUGCCCGAAGAAACUAUGACUCUGCUUAAUCCCAGCGGCAAAGAUCUUCAUCUUUACCGUUCGAUCGUUCAUCCCGACGUCCCAGAUCUCGCCUUCAUCGGCUACGAAGUCGGCUUUCCCAGCAACGCCCUCACCUCCUACAAGCAAGCCCGUUGGUUGUCGGAGCUCCUCAGCGGCAAACACCAUCUCCCAACGAAGAGUGCCAUGAUGAAAGAGAUGGAUAGAGCGAGGCAGAUCCCCAAGAGUGACAAGACUAAGUUGGAAGACCGUAGAUUGCAAUACCACAACCAGCUGGACGGAGACUACACUCCCACUCCCAGUCGUGAGCAGCAGUCUAGGAGGAGAUGGAGGUGGAAUAGCUGGGACGGCAGUUUAGAUCUCGCCAGCUAUAAAUUUAUUACCAGAAGUGGAAGCCAGUCUAAUAUGAAGCACCAGGAGUACCGCAACACCAGCAGCGGCGAUAGAAAACCCCUCAUACGGUUUUAGCCACCCCUGCUUUUCAAGGGGUGGGUGUUCUUUUUUUUUUUCAAUUUUCUCGUUUGCCCCUUUU